UAAUUCUUGGUAUGAGUCUUCCAGCUGAUUGACCGAUCGCAACGCCACCAACCACCAACGGUAAUCGAAAUCAGAUUGGAUGAAGCUUUGUGAUUUUGUGUCUGUCGUUUCGCUUGGAGUUAAAUACAAGCAUUUUUCAAGUAGUGUCAGACAUGUCCGGGUUUUCUACUACAACAGCACUCUCAUCGACUGACGCUUGUCUAAGUAUAGUACACAGUUUGAUGUGCCAUCGACAAGGAGGAGAAGAUGAAAGCUUCGCAAAACGUGCUAUUGAAUCACUUGUCAAAAAAUUAAAAGAAAAAAGGGAUGAAUUGGACUCGCUCAUCACAGCAAUAACCACCAGUGGGGCACAUCCAAGUAAGUGUGUCACAAUUCAGAGGACUUUAGAUGGCCGCCUGCAGAUUUCUGGACGCAAAGGCUUUCCUCACGUGAUAUAUGCCCGAAUUUGGCGAUGGUCCGCUCUCCAAAAAAACGAACUCAAACACGUAAAACAUUGUCAAUUUGCAUUUGACUUAAAGUGUGACUCGGUGUGUGUGAAUCCUUAUCAUUAUGAACGGGUGGUACCUCCUGGAAUUGACCUUUCUGGACUUACAGUACAAUCGACACAAUUAAAUGAAUACAACGCUGUACCAGCCGCUGGUAGCAGAAUGGAUACAGAUGGCGAAAAAUAUAAAACUGUACAACAGCAACCUCCACAACAAAAUAUUACCCUAAGUGGACUACAAGCACUUUCCAUAAGUGAUCAGGGAAACAGAUCAGUUAUGACACAUCUCACUCCUAAAGUUGAAGGAGGAGUUGGAGCAUGUUCCAGCUCUAAUUGGUUACCCCACAUGCAAAUGCCUUAUCGUGGAAAUAACCGUCAAUUGGCUGCUACGGCUACUGAGGGUCAGUCUUUUACUGGUGCUAACACGUUAACCUACACAGCCUACUGGAACACAAACCAAUGUAACGAAGUAAACAACAGUUUGUUGUCGUCUCAACCGGCUCCCGAAUACUGGUGUUCCGUGGCCUACUUCGAGCUAGAUAUUCAAGUCGGUGAAACAUUUAAAGUACUUUCAAGUUGCCCAAAUGUGACAAUUGACGGCUACGUGGACCCCUCCGGUGGCAACAGAUUUUGCCUCGGUGCAUUGAGUAAUGUGCACCGCACUGAACAAAGUGAGAAAGCAAGACUACAUAUUGGCAAAGGGGUACAAUUGGAUUUAAGGGGUGAAGGAGAUGUUUGGUUGCGUUGUUUAAGCGACCAUUCAGUUUUUGUUCAGAGUUAUUAUUUGGAUAUUAAGGCUGGACGAAAGCCUGGUGAUGCGAUUCACAAAUUCUAUCCUGGAACAAACAUUAAGGUUUUUGAUCUGCGCCAAUGCCACAAGCAGAUAACCACUCAAGCGGCCACAGCGCAAGCAGCAGCAGUGGCACAAGCGGCGGCAGUGGCAGGGCACAUUCCAGGCCCACAUUCAAUGGGUGGGAUAGCGCCAGCUAUAAGUUUAUCGGCGGUGGCGGGGAUAGGAGUGGACGAUUUGCGAAGACUCUGUAUUCUUCGUUUGAGUUUUGUUAAAGGCUGGGGUCCUGACUAUCCCCGACAAUCGAUCAAAGAAACCCCUUGUUGGGUUGAAAUCCAUCUGCACCGAGCUCUACAACUGCUCGAUGAAGUUCUUCAUACUACACCUUUAGAGAGACCACGUGGUAUAAAAUAAUAGUUUGUCAGAGAAUUAUUCUUAAUUCAAGCGGCUACAGCAUAAGAAACUCCAACGGCAAAAAUACAAGACGAUGAAAACCAUAGUUCAAAGAAGCGGUCGACAGACUCGUUAAAAAGCGCAAAGCAAAUGAAAGCCUUGAAGGCAAUGUACUAGGUUAACAACACGUAAUUUACCUAAUUUUACGUUUACCUGUUAAAUGAACUACAAAUCAAAUCCUAAAAAAUGUGCCCGCAUUAUUUUGUAUUGUGUCUGUUACAAAAUAUUUUUUUAAGGAGAACUAAGGACCUACUGCUUUUUACUAUAAAGGACAACGUAAACAGAAGAAAAAAUUUGUUGUUGAAUUGGCAAUGGGUUUAAAAGCAUAUUAUGUGUAUUAAAAAAUAUAUUUUUUAGUUAUA